AUGUCGACAUCGACAAGGAAGAGAAAUACUACUAAUGUUGUUGACAACAACGACACCCCCGGUAAUAAAUCGGUGGACGAUAAGGAAACAGAGUUAAAAUCUGACCAAAUGAACAAUACUUCCGAAAACGACUCUGACAAGAUUAAGACAAAAGAUGUUUCUUGUUCUUCUUCGUCUUGUUGGGAUCAGCUGGCCCUUUGCGCCCGUUCCGAUUCUCCCCUUGCUGUACUACGGCCCCUAAUGAUUGCCAUGGAAAUAUCCUGUCACGGAUUAAUGUGGAUUAUCGGGAGUCUAACGACACUACUUUGCACCCACAAGAUACACCAUGCACAAAUUGUGUUUAAUCUUUUAUUCGGACUGAUAAUGGAUUUGAUCAUUGUGGGUCUUCUCAAAUCCGUGGUACGUCGACAGAGGCCCAUCCUAAAUGACAUGGAUAUGAUAGCCACUGUGCCAAUGGACCAAUAUUCUUUCCCUUCAGGCCAUGCAACUUCAAUGAAAAUUUUCUGA